AUGGGCGAUCGCUUGACCUUAGCGCAACGUCUUCUCAGGGACCAUCCUGCUAAGGCAGUCGAGCUUCUGAUGGACUACUUGAAAGAUGGAAAAAUUAAGGCAGAGACCGAGCAGUAUAUCGGACAGAACCCAGCUCAGCCAAUUCUCGAGACGGAACUUAAUCAGCAUCGCGGAUCGUUGCCGCCGCCUGCUCAUCAUCGCCACCCUUCUCUACAAGGAUCGAUACGGCCGAACAUACAGAAUGUCCGGCAUAGUAUUCAAACUCCCCCCACUAGCGCAGGCUCGGUCAAGUCGCAUACUUCGGGUCUUGCGGCCGCGGGUAUGGAAAAGAUUUCCUUCCUCUCGUGUGACGGCGACAGCGCAGACCAGGCGGUGAUAGCAAAGCGUGCGCCAGGCAAACACAAUCUGAUUAGCGAGGCGGUGGCGUAUGGCCGUGGUCUUAGCGAAGGCCAGUUCGAGGUAGGCGAGUCGAUACCAGUGCAUACAUCUGCCGGAGGGCCGAGGUGGAUUAAUGUCAAGCACGCUGUGAACCUGACGUGGCGUCGGCCCAGCGAGUACAAGACGAACAUGGAUACAUUCCAUAUUGAUUGGACGAGUCCAUGGAGCGCCAAUUCCCAUCAGGUCAGUCCCACUCGUUCCGAUCAGUGUCCGCACAACCAGGCUGAUCUCUCUGUCGCGACAACAGAGGUUCAAGAAGCGCAUUCCCCGCAAGAUCGCUACCGACCAGGCUUCGUCCACGAAUUUGAUCAAGCAGUGCCGCCACCAGCGCCGACUGCGCCGAUGCAUCCAUACCAACCCCCAUAUCAGGCACCGUCUCCCGACAUUCAGCGGGCAUUCGGGCGCGUCGGUGCAAUGCACGACCUACAACGCAUGCGAGGGUCCGAGCCACCCGCCCAAGCUGCACCAUCAGCGCCCGUGGAACCCGGUCAGCAGAGUAAUGCACCCAUACCUAUUGCGAGUCAAGACGAUCCGAGCGACGAGCUCGAAAUUGAAGGUUACUGGGGCAGAAUGCCGAUCAGCAUGUCAGUCGAUAUCAGCGGUUCGGGAGAGCAGUUCUUCCAAGCCUUUCAAUGUAUGGCCAUAGACCGGAAGCGCGGUGACAACUUGGACAGAGACAGGCAGAGACUAGCAAUGCUAUUGAGAGCGGACGAGGAUAGUCCCGAGGAAGAAGCCUACCGCGUUAGUCUUGAUCAAGGUGCACUGGAGAAGCGCUGGAAGAUGAUCGUGAGAUGGAUUCGAAAGAACAAGAACUCGGAAGAACCGCAUCUGUAUGCGACGGUCGAGAUCGCGGACGGGUAA